AAUGUAGUUUCAAUAAUCUGCUGAAAGAGAAAUCAUUCGAAAAAUAAAUUAAAAAAGAAAAAAUGAAGAAGAAAGCCUGUGGAAUUCUUCUCUACAUAUUUCUUCUCCUAAUCUUGAUUGCUUCAACGGCGGCUCAAUCGGCGGCGGCCCAAAACCCUAAUUUUGAACCGGAUAAACGGAGAAGAUCGGGAUCAAGAACCGGCCGAGGAACCGGCAGGAGGGGAGGAAAUUGCGACCCUUUAUACUCAUAUUUGUUCGGAAGCUGCGGCCGAUUUCCGUUCCGUCGCAACUCGCCGAACAACCCUUUCCGGCGACGGUCGCCGGUACGACCGCCGGCACGUCCGCCGCUCAUUCCUCUGCCACCUCCGGUGAUACCUUCGCCGCCGGUGAUACCUCUCCCGCCGCCUCUGAUAUCCACGCCACCUCCCGCCACGGCGCUGCCGCCGCCGCCGGCGGCAUCGCCGCCACCGGCGUCGCCUCCGUCACCUGCGCCGCCGUCUCCAUCACCGCCUCCGCCGCCAUCACCUUCCCCACCUCCGCCGCCAGUGCUCCCGUCUCCUCCCCCGCCGGCUCCGCCGAUGCCGCCGCCGCCGGAAAUCAUCCCGAUUGUUUACCCGCCGCCGUUGGUCCCCUCGCCGCCGCUUCCCGGCGACUCACCUCCGAUAUUCCCGUGGCUUACGCCUCCCGCCGAUGCGCCGCCGGUCGUCGUCUUUCCGCCGCCGGCGCUGCCCGGAAUUGUCUUCCCGCCGCCGUUACCGGAAUCUCCGCCGCUGUUUUCCUCGCCGCCGCUGUUUCCGAUCCUCACCCCUGAAUUGCCGGUGUCGCCUGAAUUUCCGUUCCCCCUUUUCCCGCCGCCGGUGACCAAUCCUCCGGCGACUGAUCUCCCCGGCGGUGGCCAGACUCCAUCAUUUCCGAUGCCCCAAACACCAGACCUAAUCUUCCCGCCGCCGCUGGUUAAUAUCCCGCAGGAUCCGGCGCAGCCAUUACCGUUCGUAACUUCUCCUCCGGCGGCGGAAAUGCUGCCGCCGCCGGUUGUUACGGUUCCUCGCGUUCAGUUACCGUCGCCGGAGCCUGAUCCGCCGCCGUUUCAUUAAAUUAGGUUCAUGAUUACCUUAUGUGUCUGAAAUCUUGUGGAUUAUUUUUGAAUAUUUGGUUAUGUUUUAAUAUUACUACUAUUGUACUAACUACUUUUUAUUUAUUUAAAUAUAACUACUUUUUAUGUUUAA